AUGAAGCGCCGCUACAAAGCCUCCGGCCUCUGCAUCGCCUGCAAAACCACUUCCACGACUACCACUCCAAGGAGAAAAGAAAGAGAAAGUCUGAGCGUCACGCCGUGUGAGGUCAGGAUCGAGUUUAGGGAUACGGAGGUUGGGCUCGUGGAUGAGGGAGAUAAAGUUCGCGCUCAGGCAGAAGGAAGGGAAGGAAAAAACAGGGCAAAGGAUGAGACUGUGCAUGAAGAUAGGGAUAAAGAAGAACGGAAGAUGAGAGCGAGAAAAGGGGUUCGACAAAGCCAGAUGGGAAGUAUGUACGAGGGUGAGGAAAGCGACGGAGAUAUAUACGUCGAGGACGCAAUGCCCUCCGCUUCGCUAUCGUCAACCAGUUCCGAGAACGAUGCUGACUUGCUGCCGAGGAAGCACAAAGCAGGUGCUAGGCCUAGAGCACUGCCGAGACCGAAAACGCAGACUCGUAAGCGCAGACGGAGUCCUGGGGUGUUGGAGAGAAUACAUGGUGUUGCUGCUGUCAAGCAGGGUAAGAGAGGCAGGCCGCCGAGACAGAAGAUGGUUUGGCCGGAUAGGAUCGAUGCGGGGGAGUUCGAGCUGGUUGAGAAGGAACGGAUGGCGAACACCCAAAAGAGGAGAAGUAUCGAGCGUUCAGUGAUUAAGCCGAAGAAGGUUCCGAAACGGUUGCCUCUGCUGGAGGAGACUGUGUCGUUGGAAAGCCGCAAACCGCUCGAACAACAACCAAGCCAAGUUCGAAGGCUAAGCUGCAUCGAUAAGGCAGAAGAACCGAUAAGCACAAGCAGGCCUCCUUGCUCCCGCACCGUAGACGAGGUAAACGACUUAGCAAGGAUCAUCGCCCUCGAGGCCGCAAAACGGGACAAGAAAUGGCGUUGA